UUUGACCGUGACGUGUUAAGUUAGUAGUUAUCAGGCUCUUCACAUCAAUCGCGACUUGGACAAGACAUAAGUAGCAAAGAUGGCUCGACAACCUCCAAACUACGAGCUUCUGUCAGAAGAAAAGACAAAGGAAAUGUUGAAGCUCUUUAAAGGCGAAAGAACUGGAUUUGUACUUGUGGGUCCGAAAAAAUAUCUUUUGCCGUCUAGAUAUAUAGAACAGGGUGAAGGCUUUUAUAAUUUUAAAGCUAGAUCAGAUGACAUUUGGUUGUUGUCGUACCCCCGAUCAGGAACGACUAUGACGCAAGAGCUCAUAUGGCUGUUGGCAAAUGAUUUGAAUUUUGACGUAGCGAAAAAGCGUCUACUUACUGAAAGAUUUCCAUUUCUCGAAUUCAGCUUAUUUAUUCAUCCUGAAGUGGUCCAAGAAUUUUUAUUCUGUAACAAAGAUGACAAAGCAAAGCAAAAAUUGUGUCGGGAAUUAGCUUUGCCCGGUUAUAAAGUUGUCGCUGAAAUGCCAUCACCUAGAUUUAUAAAAACCCAUUUGCCUUUCAGCAUGUUGCCUGGACUUUUAGAUGUUGGUUGUAAGACUGUGUAUAUAGCUCGCAAUCCGAAAGACGUUGUAAUAUCUUGGUAUCACCUUAGUUGCUCGAUUAAGACACAAGGAUACAUUGGUGACUUUUCCACCUUUUUGGAAUAUUUUCUAAAUAAUUUAACGGCUUGGAGCCCGUAUUGGGAACAUCUAAAGGAAGCCUGGAAUUUAAGAAAUUCAAAAAAUCUUUUAUUCUUAUUUUAUGAGGAGGUAAUAAACGAUUUUCCAAAAGCAAUUAAGAAAGUAGCAAAAUUUUUGGAUAAAACAUACACUGACGAAGAAAUUAACAAAGUGACAAAUCAUCUCAAUAUCAAAAAUUUUCGAAACAAUCCGAUGGUGAAUUUCUCUGAGUUGAAGGAUUGUGGAAUUAUUAAGGACAAUUCUUUUAUUAGAAAAGGAGGAAACGGGAACUGGCAAGACAUUUUCACUCCAGAAUUAGAGGGAAAGAUAGAGAAAUGGAUCGAAGAAAAUCUUAAAGAUACUGAUCUACGUUUCCCGUCUUUCAACAAUAACAAUUGAAAAUAAUCAAAAAAUGGAAAAGAUUUCUUGAGUACAGCUUGAUUAUUUUUAAUGAACAUAUUUUUCAAUUUUAUGCAUUUAAACAAAAUGAUUACACAGAGAGCACGUAAAAACUGCUAGAUAGCAAAGCUCGUCAUUUUGACAUCAAUUUAAAUCAUGUUUGUAAAAAUGAUGUCAAGGGACUCAAAAGUGAACAUAGGUUUUAUUCGACGGCAUUUCAUAUAUAACGUCAUUUCGUGACAUCACUCCGUAACGUCAUAUUGACAUGAUAAGUCACUAGUUGAGUAUAAUAUAAUGAUCAGUAAAGGAUCAAGGUAUAACGUCAAAA